CUCAUCCUGAGUCGGGCCCUUCAUUCUUUUUUGACUUUGCUGGUUCAUCGCGAUGUUUACAAACAUGCUUUCUUCUCUCCUUUUGACUCUUCUGGCCGUGUCGCCGAUCGCGUCCGUCAAUGCUCUCGGUUCACAGUGUACAUCAGAACUUGGGGCCGGUACUGCUGCUGCAAGCGACCCUUACUGGCUAGAGACAAUCGAGCAUCAAGGCACAUCUGCCUUUGGAACCUCUGGAUACACCGUUUUUCGAAAUGUUAAGGACUAUGGUGCGGUUGGUGACGGUGUAACCGAUGAUACGGCUGCCAUCAAUGCCGCAAUUAGUGACGGUGAUCGCUGUGGCGAGUCCUGCGCCUCGUCCUCGACUACUCCCGCCUUGGUCUAUCUCCCGCAAGGAACGUAUCUGGUGUCUGCGCCGCUCAUCCUGUAUUAUAACACGGCUCUCGUCGGCGAUGCCAAGGUCCUCCCCACUUUGAAGUCAUCUGCGGCCUUCGCAGGCAUUGCUGUCAUCGACGCCGAUCCCUAUAUUCCCGGCGGCAACGGCGCAGAGUGGUAUGUCAACCAAAAUAACUUCUAUAGGAGUGUUCGGAACGUACAUAUCGACCUUACUUCGCAACCGGCCACGACUUCGGCUACCGGCCUGCACUGGCAGGUCUCGCAAGCGACUUCGCUCUACAAUAUUGUAGUCGACAUGUCUACUGACUCCGCCACAGCCCACCAAGGAAUCUAUAUGGAGAAUGGGUCCGGAGGGUUCAUGGGCGAUCUGGUCUUCAACGGUGGAAAGUAUGGUGUCUGGGUCGGAAACCAGCAGUUCACCGUUCGCAACAUUACUGUCAACAACGCGCAGACCGCGGUAUUCGCCGCAUGGAACUGGGGGUGGACCUGGCAGGGCGUCACGAUCAACAACUGUGCCGUUGGUUUCGACAUCACGACGGGCGAUAUCGACGCCAGUAGCUCGAACACUGACGCUACCCAGGGAGUCGGGGCUGAGGCCAUCAUCGACGUGACUGUGACGGACACACCGAUAUUCUUGAGGAGCUCUGCAUCCAGCAGCGGUUCGCUCGAUGGUUCGCUGGUUCUCAACAACAUUCAAAUGAGUGGUGUUACCAGCGCCGUUAGUCUCACAGAUGGAACGGUCAUCUUGGCUGGGUCUUCCUCUAUCGAUACCUGGGCUCAGGGAAAUGUCUACUCUGGCUCAAGCGCGACGGGAUCGUUUGUCCAGGAUACCACAACCUCCAUCAACAAGCCUUCGGUCCUCUUGGAUGGCAGUGGAAAAAUCUUCGGCAAAACCAGGCCAACGUAUGCUGACUAUUCCACCGACCAAAUCGUGUCAGUCAAGGACGAGGGCGCACUCGGUGACGGGACCACGGACGACACGGCCGCUCUCCAAGCCGUGUUUGACAACUACGCUGGCUGCAAGAUCAUCUACUUCCCUCAAGGCGCCUAUAUCGUCUCCUCGACGCUCAAAAUCCCAGCAGAUGUCCAGAUCACGGGUGAAGCCUGGAGUACGAUCAUGGGAAGCGGUACCGCCUUUUCAGACAUCACGAACCCACAAGUCGUCGUUCAAGUUGGUGCAGAGGGAUCCACUGGUAUUGCCGAGAUUUCCGAUAUGCUUUUCACCACUCGUGCCUCUGCCGGUGGUGCGAUCGUCAUGGAGUGGAACGUCCACGACCCCUCGGGCAACCAGGGCGCGGCAGGCAUGUGGGAUACUUUGUUUAGGCUUGGUGGAGCUGCUGGCACGGACAUGCAAUUGUCCCAGUGCGCGAACACGACUGCGAGCACGGGUACCAACUGCUAUGCUGCGUUCAUGGGUCUACAUCUUACCAGUGGCUCCAGCGCUUACCUCGAGGGUCUUUGGGUCUGGUUAGCUGAUCAUGAUGUCGAGGACGUUGACCAACUCGACAUCACGGCGUAUUCGGGCAGGGGGGUUCUUUCAGAAUCUGCCGGUCCCGUCUGGAUGAUUGGUACCUCGUCUGAACAUCACGUUCUCUACCAGUACUCCCUGGUCGGCGCGAGCAACCACUAUAUCGGGACUGCGCAGACAGAGACGCCCUACUUCCAACCGAGCCCCUCAGCCCCUUCUCCUUUCACAACGGAUUCGACCUACAGCGACCCCACGUUCUCCAGCGAUCAAACUAUGGCUUGGGCGCUAUACGUUGAGAACUCGAGUGAUAUCCUCAUCUUCGGUGCUGGCUUCUACAGUUUCUUCCAGAACUACUCGCCGACAUGUGAUGACACAAACGCCUGCCAGACGCAGAUCGUCAGCAUUGACUCUGCCUCUUCUAUCGCCAUCUACAGCUUGUCGACGGUCUACACCACCUAUCAGAUCUCUCUCGACAAUGUUGGGAUCAUCAACGAGGAUUCCAAUGUCAAUGGUCUCGCCAGAACCGUGACGGCGUGGACGAGCUCUUGAGGGCUUCGAUAGCCUCGAACGACACGAAUCUCAUUUGUUCGGGAUUUGUCUGUUUUAUUAGGUUUAUUUAUCCUUUACUAGCUGGGUUCUCUGUCUGUCACCUUUUUGUCCUCGAGACUGUGUCUGUCGUGCAUCUAGUCAUGAUCUGUGAUGAUAUUUAUUUGCUUCCUUAUUCUCGAGUCAGCUUUCCCCAUCCCUUAUACCACCUGUGAUGUUGUGCGCCCGUUCUCCGAUUGUACUACACUCUCAGAUAGAUCCUGGACAGUACAAGAUGUAUCUCGCUGCAUGAUCUGAAGGACAUAGAACCAUUAUUGUUAGCUGUUCGCACAAUAGACAGAACAAAGGAC